AUGGCAUUCAAAGAAGACACCGAAACAGCCAUCACCUCCACCUCCCUCGAGGCCGGUAUGCUCGACGACAAGCCAAACGAGAACAUAAUCGACUGGGACGGCCCCCAGGACCCAGAAAACCCCCACAACUGGUGCGAACGCAAGCGAUGGGCACACGUCAUUGUGGUAGCCCUCAUAUCCCUAGUCAUGAACAUGGCUCCAACCAUGUGCGCCCCGGGUAUCAACGAAAUCCUCAGUACCUUCAACAUCCAAUCAUCCACCAUAUCCACACUUGCAGUCACCCUGUACGUCCUCGGCUUAGCAAUGGGCCCCAUGUUCAUGUCCUCCCUCAGUGAAGUCUUCGGCCGGCUUCCAGUAUACCACCUCGCCAAUCUCUUCUUCGUAGCCUUCGUCAUCGGAAACGCCCUAAGCCAAAACAUAGCUACCUUCAUGAUUUGUCGAUUCAUCUCAGGCUGCGCGGGAGGAACUCCCAUGGCUUUGGGAGGGGGCACCAUUGCAGAUGUGACCACCAUCCAGCAACGCGCUGUCGCCAUGUCUUUGUAUAGUUUGGGUCCGAUGGCUGGUCCGGUCCUCGGCCCCCUCAUCGGCGGCUUCGUCGCAUCCAAUCUAACUUGGCGCUGGACUUUCUACCUCCUCGCCAUCUUCUCCGGCACAAUCGGCCUCGCAUCUCUUCUAGUCAUGCGCGAAACCCACCCCAAGAUUAUCCUGGAACGAAAAGCAGCCCGUCUGCGCAAAGCGACGGGGGACCCCCACCUACGCUCGAAGCUCUCCGACCCCAAACCCGCACCCCAACUCCUCUUACAAGCCCUAACUCGUCCCACGAAACUCCUCUUCCGCUCCCCAAUACUCCUUAUUAUCUCGAUCUACAUGGCCCUCAUAUUCGGCCUGAUGUACCUCCUCUUUACUACUUUCACGGACGUCUUCGAGACGCAGUAUGGCUUCUCCACGGCGACGUCGGGACUGGUCUAUCUCGGUCUCGGCGUAUCGUUGGUAACGUGCAUGUUCAUCGCAAAGCCGCUGGGUGAGCGCUUGACGGCGUAUCAUUCCGCGAAGAAAGCAGAUGAUGGUACCCAGCAACAGCAUCGAGCAGAAUACCGUCUCCUCCCGAUGAUAUAUUUCUCCCCGUGCGUGGCCAUCGGACUAUUUAUUUACGGAUGGACAGUGUACUACAAAGUGCACUGGAUAGUGCCAAUUAUAGGGACGAGUGUUAUUGGGUUUGGGUCGUUUUUCGUGAUGAUGUCCGCACAGCUAUAUCUGAUUGAUCUGUUCGGGUCGAGUGCAUCAGCAUCCGCGCUGGCUGCUAAUAACGUGUUGCGGUUCAUCUGCAGUACCUUUUUGCCAUUGGCGGGACCGGCUAUGUAUCGGAGUCUGGGGUAUGGGUGGGGGAAUACGCUGCUGGGAUUCUUGGCGUUGGGGUUUUUGCCGGCGCCGGUGGUGUUUUAUAGGUAUGGGGGCUGGAUGCAUGCGAGGAUGGGAGGUGGGAUUGAUCCUUGCAAGUGA